CCACUGCUGCCUGAGCCCCCUGGUGGCCCCCCAGCCCUCUCCAAGGCUGCCUCGGACGAGGACAGAGACCCCGAGAACACCCGAAUGCAGCAGGCACAGAUGGCUGCCCUGGCCGCCAUGCGGGCUGCUGCCGCUGGCCUCGGAUCUGCACCAAGCCCCGGUGGCUCUGAGGACAGGCCCCCCAGCUCGGAGGACGAGGACACUGCCCAGGAGGGGCAACCAGGCUCACCUGGCCGAGGCAGGGAGGCGCCAGGUCAUGCCGAAGGCGAUGGGCACUUCGAGGAUAUGGGCUCUGAUGAUGACCUGAAGCCAAAAUGGGAAGAGGAGGAAGAGGAGGAGGAAGAGCUGGAGGAAGACUUGGGGGAUGAGGACGAGGAGGAAGAGGAGGAAGACUAUGAGGAUGAGGAGGGGCUCGGGCCCCCGGGCUCUGCUGGCUUGGGCCCUGCAGCCCUGUUCCCCCCCAAGGCCCAGCUGCCCCAGGCCUUCCGCGGUGGGGAGGCAGGAGGGCCGUGAUUAGGAUCUCAGCCUCCUGGCGUCGGAUCUCCCCACCCUGGUGGCGCUGCCAAGUGACCCCCUCAGCUCCAGGACGGGGAGCGGGGGGACUGGACGGAGGAGUUCCCGGAGCUCUACGAACUGGACGGGGACCCCAAGAGGAAGGAGUUCCUGGACGACUUGUUCAGCUUCAUGCAGAAGCGAGGGACGCCCGUGAAUCGGAUCCCCAUCAUGGCAAAGCAGGUGCUUGACCUGUUCAUGCUGUAUGUGCUGGUGACGGAAAAGGGCGGCCUGGUGGAGGUCAUCAAUAAGAAGCUGUGGCGGGAGAUCACCAAGGGCCUCAACCUGCCCACGUCCAUCACCAGCGCUGCCUUCACCCUGCGGACCCAGUACAUGAAGUACCUGUACCCCUACGAGUGUGAGAAACGCGGCCUCAGCAACCCCAAUGAGCUCCAGGCGGCCAUUGACAGCAACCGGCGGGAGGGCCGGCGCCAGAGCUUUGGGGGCUCCCUCUUCGCCUACUCACCAGGUGGUGCCCACAGCAUGCUCUCCUCACCCAAACUGCCCGUGUCCUCCCUGGGCCUGGCCACCAGCACCAAUGGCAGCUCCAUCACCCCAGCCCCCAAGAUCAAGAAAGAGGAGGAUUCGGCCAUCCCCAUCACAGUCCCCGGCCGCCUGCCAGUCUCCCUGGCAGGCCACCCCGUGGUGGCAGCCCAGGCAGUAGCAGUGCAAGCAGCAGCAGCCCAGGCAGCCGUGGCAGCCCAGGCGGCCGCCCUGGAGCAGCUUCGGGAGAAGCUGGAGUCUGGGGAGCCUCCGGAAAAGAAGAUGGCCCUGGUGGCGGAUGAGCAGCAACGGCUCAUGCAGCGAGCGCUACAGCAGAACUUCCUGGCUAUGACAGCCCAGCUGCCCAUGAGCAUUCGUAUCAACAGCCAAGCCUCUGAGAGCCGCCAGGACUCAGCUGCAAACGUGACCAGCACCAAUGGCAGCAAUAGUAUUAGCAUGUCAGUGGAGAUUAACGGAAUUAUGUAUACAGGAGUGCUGUUUGCUCAGCCACCAGCCUCCACGCCCUCCUCAGCUCCCAGCAAAGGCGGUGGUGGCAGCAGCCGGGGAGGAAGCAGUGGGACCAGCAGCAGCGCGGGCAGCCAGGCCGGGCCAGCGGGGCUGUCCGCACCCCCGACGUCUUCUACCUCAAAUAAUUCAUUGCCUUAACUGCACCACUCCCCACCCGCCGCCCCCCACCCAGGAGCUGGUCAGACUGGGCAGGGUGUGGAAAGGUGGGCCGGGCAGGGCCGGGGUGGUGGAAGAUACGGGUGGGGAGGGGAAAUAUCCACAAAGGAGCCACAGCUAACACCAAAAAUAGAAGAAGAAAAUAUAGACAUAUAUAUAAAGAAAAUUUAAUAAAACAGGGGAAAACCAAGGAACACUUGAAUUACUCAGGUUUCAGACAUUCAGAGAAGUGAAUUGUAAGAACAGCUAAGGAAAUCAGGAAAGAGAGCGGCAAAUACUCCCCAGGGCUUUCCUGCAGCCCUGGCGGGCCGAUUCGGACUGGUGUCUGGUGUCUGGUUUGGACCAGUUGCAAUGUAAGGCCAGAUUCUGUUUACCUCAUAUAUCCCUGCACUGUGUGUUUUCAUUUUUGUCUGUUUUUUUUUUUUUACUUUUGUUCCUGUUCAUCACACACUCAUCCACUCAUCACACCCAGUUCGUUGUUUUGAAUGAAACCCCUGAGCCAAGAUCAGUUGAAUUUUUUUCUUGUUGCUUUUGGGAACUUUUUAUUAUUAUUAUUAUUUUUUAAAGAAAUAGCGAUAUUCAAGCUCUAUAGGGUUUUUAAGAGGUUUGGGGGGUUUUGUUUUGUAAAUGUUCUAUUUUAUUCUUGGGGGAGGAAUCAAACCUUAGGAAAAGGAUAUAUAUCUCUAUAUAUUUGUGUUCAUUCAGGGAAACGGGACUUAAAAAAAGGAAAAAAAAGGAAUAUCCUUUAAAUCUUUCCCAUGACUGAAUCGGGUUCAUGUGUGCAUUUUCUGUGCUGCGGUAGGCAGCUAGCAGGCACAGGACACUGUAUCCCUGGGCUAGAGCCAGAAAAGGUAAUGAACUCAGGUGCUGAGGGCCGGGCUGGAGUGGGGUCCAUGCGGGGGCAAGCCCAGGGGGAACUGGGAAUGUGAAUGCUGAAUGGCAGACCAAGACUCUCCGUGCUUUUUCUCCUUGUGCCGUGCGUGCUCCCUGUCAGGGAUCCGGAAGUCUUAACUAGAAAGAAAGUGCUGGAUCAAGGGCCAGGGCCUGGGAGGGGAUGUGCUGUCAUAGCCCUGAGGCUCCUGACUCAGGGAUGACUAUGGCCUGGGGACUCUCUCUUACCUGGAAGGGCUGCUUUUUGUUUGUUUGUUUAAUAUGUUUUCAUUGAUUUCAAAGAAAGAAGGAGAGGGGGAGAGAGAGAGAA